AUGUUUGCCAAAGCCGCGAACUCGACACCAGCAGUUCCAUCUCGAAAUGCUUUACGAGUGCUCCGCCAAUUGGCUCUUGCUGGCUCUACUGUCGGCGGCUUCUGCACAGUAGGAGUCUUGACCUACGACGUCCACCGCCGAGUCCGCGUUGCCGAACAGAUCAUCGAAAACAAGCGAACAUUACGAACCUCGGCGCCGAACUACGAUGCGACCGCUUCCGCCAAGCGACUCGCGCUCAUGAUGGAGGCAGCCGAGGCUGGCGAGUUUAUGGGGCUGGAUUCCUUGAAGAAGAUGCCACGAUUGCCACAGGUUGACGGAACAGACCAGCGCGACACGCAAGGCAUAUUGGAACCGCACCCGGACUCUUUCCAGCCUUGUCAUGGCCUGGAAAAACCGAAGCAAUCACAUCAUUAUGAUUCCUUCGAUCUUUCCCGGAGCGUCGAGGCGAAGAAACGGGCAAUAAACCGAGUGGCUCUCGCUCGUAAGGCUGGGCAGGCGAAGGAAGGCGAAGAGAAAGUUGCAAUGUCACUGGAGGAGCGCAUACGUACAUUGAUCGCGGACGACAAAGAGAUCGAGGCCGUGAAUAUUUUCUUGAAACGUGUGCCUGCACGAGUCGAGGAACCUAUAUCUUACGAGACACGAGAAGCUGCUCGUCAACUAUUUGCCGCGAAUUGCUUGAAAGGCAACAUUUUUCUUGCUCGGACUCUUUUCGAACGUUUGGAGAAAGUGUCUGUGAUUGAUACCGAGAUGUGGGCCACAAUGAUGCACAUAUUGGCGAAGGAAGGCCAUGUUGAUUCUGCUGGUUCUAUCUUUGAAAGACACCGUGCCAGCCUAAGCGUCCCGUCACAUCUGCUUGAAGUUGUGCUUCGAUGUUUGAUGGAAUCGAGGAGACUGGGCCCCGCCAAGGCCCUCUUUUACACCCGCAUCCGAAACGAUGAGAAUGGCGGUCUUUGCGGUGCAUUUCUGGAUGGAAUUUGGCGGAAGACACGAAAUAUUGAGUUGGUAAAUGUGGAAUUCCGGACAAUUCUGUCGAAACUGGCCAAUCUCCAACGCACUCCUACGGAGAAAGUCUUCAACCCACUAGUCAAAGCCUACAUCGAGGCUGGGCAGUUUGAGGAUGCAGAGGCAUUGGUGGCAGAUAUGCCUGUGAAAUUCGACGUUCAACCUGGAUGUCGCACUCUUGGUCUACUCGUCUACGCCAGGGCUCUGAAAUGCGAUUGGGAAGGGGUCUUUUCAGGGCUGCGUGAAAUGCAUCAACUCGGUUUCACGCGUGACAAGCGAAGCUUUGCCCUCAUCUUCGAUCGAGUCUUUCUGGAAUAUUAUCCCACUCAUGCAGGCCGUCAAAUCUUCGAUUUCCUCGUCACCUGUAUCGAUGAAUUUGAGAUUGUCCCGGACAAGGUACUGCAUCGACACAUUCUUGAGGCACUGUGUGAGAGAGGUGACACGAACUAUAUCGGGCAGAUAACUCGCAUGGCCGAGGACCGGAAUUGGAACACAGGACUCGAUCAAGACACGCUGAUAGGAAUUCUUGGUGCGCGCCGGGUUUCAAUGGAAGGUGCUCCCGUCGGAAUCUGGAGAAUGCUUCAAGCUGCCAAGGAGCAAUAUGGGCAGGCAUCUAGCAGUCAGCGCCUUUUAGGAUCUGGAUAUGCGUCCUACUCCCUUGACCGAGGGGUUUUGAGGCCGAUCCACGUACCCGCUGAAGAAACUUUUCCGAAGACCAUGAAAGAUCUCGUCAGCAGCAAUUCAAUUUCCAGCUCUGUCCCACUCCACAAGCAAAUGGAGAACCACAUAAACGGAGCUAGAUUUGACGAGGCUCUUGGAGUCUUUCGAGGGGCCAGGAGGGCAGGUUUUGUGAUCAGACCGCUUCACGUCCAUCUGGCUGUUAUUGCCACCAUUCUCGGGAACGGUCCCGCCGGUCUACACGAUGCUCAAAUUCUCAUCAAGAGGGAAUGGCCGCUUUGGAGCGAGCGACCAAAAUACCGACACAAUCCGCAAAAACCGCGCGUUCUGCCAUUAUUCUUCCAGCAGAUCAUGCAGAUCCACGAUAAAGUCACGACUGGGAAUUUGCUGAAGAUGGCAUUGUUCGAGUACUAUAAUCUUUGCCGGACCACACCGACCCUCACUGUCAAGCAUCAUGCGUUGACGUCGCUCUGCAAGCGGUUGAUCUCUGAUGGCCGCCGAAUUCUGGCCAUUGUUCUUCUCACAGCGGUCUACAGAUCCAAAUGGAGAAAGACCCAUGGCUUUGAUCAAGUUAUGUUCAAGUUGUGCCUUCGUGCAUUCACCCACGCUGAAAAUCUGAGGGGUGUCUGGUGGUGCCUGCUAGCUGUGUUGAGUCGGUCCGAGCCCGUUCGACGCGACUUUCUUGUUGAGGCCCAACGGCUGAAGCACGUUAUGGAGACAAAGUUUGGGCCUAAGAAGGUUGAUUCUCCCGACGCCAGUUACAACCUCACGACCUUAUAUAAUAUCAUCUCUGCCCUUGAAGAGAAGUCAAUGGGUGAUGAGUAUUGGACAAACCGAUCUCCCGACCCGGUUCUCAAGAAGAGCAUGCGCAGUCGGUUGGUUUCUCUUGCCCCAGAGGAACGACACACCCUGCCGGCUUAUUCUGUUGAGAAGAUGGUCGAUCACUUUGAUGAAGAGAUGGAGUUGGACUUCCUCACGGGCUACAAAAAGCGAAAUGAGGGAGAGCUGGAACAAGUGUGGAGCGAGCUGGCCAUGUUGACCGAUCAAAGCUUGCUACCUGAGCAAGCUCGGUGGUACCCGGGCGGUAAGCCGGUCAGAUAA